UCAGUCACGCUUUUCAACUCGAAGAGGCGGCCGGUCUCGCAGAUAUGGAAACGAAAGACGAGUCGCGAUAGUUCGUAACUAUUUGCCGACUUGAGAAAAAGCGGAAAAUAUCCCGACAAUCCGGCUCUACUUGAUUAUGGUCGCGUUUGGAUGACAACAUGGGCAAUCAUGGUUCAUCUAGUAGAAGUGAUGUUGACUUUUCGGAAGAAGUUAACUUUGACCAUUUCCAAAUACUCAGAGCUAUUGGAAAAGGAAGUUUCGGAAAGGUAUGCAUCGUGGAGAAGAAGGACAACAGACAGAUGUACGCGAUGAAAUAUAUGAACAAGUGCCAAUGCUGGGAGAGAGACUCUUUAAAAAAUGUGUUGAGAGAAAUCAAAAUUCUGACAACACUAGAGCAUCCUUUCUUGGUCAAUCUCUGGUUUUCAUUUCAAGAUGAAGAAGAUAUAUUCAUGGUGUCGGAUCUCCUCCUGGGUGGUGACUUGCGGUAUCACCUCUCUCAGGAAGUAAACUUUACAGAAGACUGCAUUUUACUGUACGCUUGUGAAUUAGGCCUCGCGCUGGAUUAUCUUCAAGAACAAUGCAUCGUGCAUAGGGAUAUCAAGCCGGACAACAUUCUACUCGAUGAAGAAGGACAUGCACAUAUCACGGAUUUCAACAUUGCAACAACGCUCAAGGAUGGCCAGCUUGCAACGUCCAUGUCUGGUACGAAGCCGUAUAUCGCACCGGAAGUUUUCGGAUGUGUACUGGACGAGGUCGCUGGGUAUACAUUCGCCGUGGAUUGGUGGUCCCUUGGUGUGACGCUGUACGAGCUGCUCGCCAGGUCGCGGCCGUACGACAUCCACUCGGCGACGAGCAUCUCUCAGAUCAAGUCACUUUUCAACAACCACGUCCACUACCCGUCGAGAUGGAGUUCGUCAAUCGUCGACCUGCUGACAAGGCUUCUGUGCGUCACGCCUGGUGCUAGGCUGAGCAGCCUGCAAGAACUGAAGCAGAUUCCUUGCCUGAAGGCACUGGACUUCGAAAUGAUUCUUGAGAAGCAAAUGAAGCCCAGUUUCACACCGCCGAGGGACCAUUUGAAUUGUGAUCCCACUUUCGAACUUGAAGAGAUGAUCGUCGAAGCGAAGCCUUUGCACAAAAAGAAAAAACGACUCGCCAAACAGCGCUCGCUCAAGGGCUCGAUCAGCGUCGACACGCCGGAGUCAGAGAUCGAAUCCCAGCUUGUCGAAUUCCAACCGUACAAUCGGGAAAAAGAGCUUUUGAAAAGGGAGAUGGAACUGAAGGAGAAUAAAUGGGAACAAGAGCUUAUAGAGGCAAUGAACGCUUCGACGAACACACCGGAAAAGCCGAACACCCUCCUCGUCCCUCAAGCUGGCCAGGAAAGAAGGAGAUCUUCUUGCAAGUUGACGGUGUCGCCGAUCAGCGUGCAGAACAGGCUCGCCGCAACAACUUCGAGGACGCCGUCGAAUCAGAAUAGUAACUCUUCUUCCAUCGGAAACCAGAACUCUCCGAACGGCUCGGACGUUUUCCUACCGAUCAAAAUAACAAACGACGAAGAGCCGAGGAUACAGCCGCCUAUAAUGAACGUUCCAUCUAUACAAAUUUUCGAAAACACUCUAUAAUAGUUUGUCCGAUCUGUCAAAAUCCACUGUUGUAAGAACCACAUGCACUAUUAUAAUAGCCGGUUAAUAAUUUCUAACAUUAUUUAUGUCUAUAUUAAAUGUAAGUUGCAGUUUUUCCUGCAAAAGUCAAUAGGAAUUGUUAUCUGUCGUAAAUCGUUUCCCAAUAAAUGUGGGGCUCGAGGUUUUUUAAGUUUUGGUAUUUAAUUAAUGUGCUUUAAAUAAUCGUAGGCGAUAAAACAAAGUAUAAAUAUUUUUAUCACGAUGUGUAAUAUAAUCAGGCAGGGUAUAUUUAACUGUUUUGGCCAGAUCGUCUAUUUUACAAAAAUACUUUCGUACCUUUGAGCACCAGGUCGUCACAGUAAUUACCAAAUCUAUUCUGGAAAUGUAAUAAUACUAAUAAAACUAACGAAUUAAUGAAAAUGACUAGAAAGCGUUAUUACCCCCUAUUCCAUCAGAAUAUGAUCAAAUGUCAGUAUUUGGUUGAUUCUUCAAA